CCCGCAGCGCUCCGGCUGCUGCCGCUAGGGGCCGCCGGGCCGCGGCUGCUGGGCUCCUCCUCCCGCCGCCCCCGCCCUCCGCCCCGGCGGCUUCCCAGGCUCCUCUCCGGGUAAACAGCGAUGGCCGCCGAGGAGGGAGGCGGCGAGCCCCAUAACAACAUGGGGAACCACCUCCAGCUGGUGCCCGUAGCAGAGAACGAGGAAGAGGAUGACAACGAAAUGGAAGUUGAAGAUCAAGACAGCAGAGAAGCUGAGAAGCCAAACAUCAUCAAUUUUGAUACCAGCUUGCCAACAUCACACGUGUACUUAGGCUCUGACAUGGAGGAGUUCCACGGCAGGACGGUGCACGACGACGACAGCUGCCAGGUGAUCCCGGUGCUGCCGCACGUGAUGGUGAUGCUGAUCCCUGGGCAGACCCUGCCCCUGCAGCUCUUCCGCCCGCAAGAGGUUAGCAUGGUGCGGAAUUUAAUUCAGAAAGACAGAACCUUUGCUGUCCUUGCAUACAGCAAUGCACGGGAGAGGGAAGCGCAUUUUGGAACCACGGCAGAGAUCUAUGCCUACAGAGAAGAGCAGGAAUAUGGAAUUGAAACAGUCAAAGUGAAAGCCAUAGGAAGACAGAGGUUCAAAGUGCUGGAAAUAAGAACCCAGUCAGAUGGAAUCCAGCAGGCCAAGGUCCAGAUCCUUCCUGAGCGAGUGCUGCCGUCAACCAUGUCAGCAGUGCAGCUGCAGUCCCUCAGCCGCUGCCACCUUUUCCUUUCUUCCAAGCCUACAUCCUGGCAGGACAGAGCCCUCCAUCAGUGGUGGCAGAAAUAUCAAAAGAGGAAGUUCCACUGCGCCAGUUUGACCUCUUGGCCUCCCUGGCUCUACUCCUUGUACGAUGCUGAAACCUUGAUGGAAAGAGUCAAGAGGCAGCUCCAUGAGUGGGAUGAAAAUCUUAAAGAUGAAUCUCUUCCAACCAACCCAAUAGAUUUCUCUUACAGGGUGGCUGCCUGCCUGCCCAUCGACGACGCCCUGCGCAUCCAGCUGCUGAAGAUCGGCAGCGCGGUGCAGCGGCUGCGCUGCGAGCUGGACAUCAUGAACAGGUGCACAUCCCUCUGCUGUAAGCAGUGCCAAGACACAGAAAUAACUACCAAGAAUGAAAUAUUCAGCUUGUCCCUGUGUGGCCCCAUGGCAGCAUAUGUGAAUCCUCAUGGCUACAUCCAUGAAACUCUUACUGUGUAUAAAGCCUGCAACCUGAACCUGAGUGGAAGGCCCUCGACAGAGCACAGCUGGUUUCCUGGGUAUGCCUGGACUAUAGCCCAGUGCAGAAUCUGUGGCAACCACAUGGGCUGGAAGUUCACAGCUACCAAGAAGGAUUUGUCCCCUCAGAAGUUCUGGGGCUUGACAAGAUCUGCUCUCCUGCCUCGUAUUCCAGAAGCAGAGGACGACUCCGGCCAGGAUCGAACCCCCCUGCUCUGCCUGUGAGCCAGCACAAGCUCUGGAGGUGACCAGGCAGCACUCCCACGUGUGUCUGCUCCAGUCUGCUGCUUCAUUAAACUUAAAAACCAGACCCCAAGCACCCCGCAGAAGACCCCAGCAAGCAGGGUUUGGAGUGCAUCCACCUCACUGCGGUUUUGAGGACGCUGAGAGCUGGAGGUUUGACCUUUGUGCUGACAGCUGAGGAGCAGAGGUGGCAGGGGACAUCAGGAGCUGCAGGAGGGAUUUCAGACUGGACUUGCUCCUUCCUUCUAUGACUGCUGUCAGCUUCCAGUGAAAGAAGGUGUUGGGGAAGGGAAAUCACUGAGAAACAGUUUAAUUUAUGCAAUAUCUGUAGGUAGACACCAACUCCUGGCUGUGGCAUAUUUCCCGUGGUCUACUCCUAGGGGGUUUUGCUGAGUACAUGGAGUACUUCACAUUUUAUCCUCCUGCUUUGUCUCAGAGGCUUGGCUGAAGAGAACUGCAACUCUGCAGUUGGUAAAAGGAGGAAUUCCUGGAAGCAUUGCACCAGAAGAUGCCCUUUGAGAAGUGCCCAUCUGAAGUAUUUGGUCCCUGCAAGUUGUCUGCUCUAUUGAAUCUGACUUUAGAAGUCUCAAAUGUUAAACUGUGUCUACAAAUCAUACUCCCACGAACCAACAUUGCCCUUUCCUCUUGAAUGUGCUUCUCUUUAAUCCUCCAAGCACCUCCUGUCAAGACCAUUUUCCCAGCAGUGGCCUGGGAGGAACUCCUUCAAAGUGUGGUUGCAUUUUCUUUUCCCACUGGUAUUUAUUUUAACACCUCCUUGUUUCCUUCCUUUUGCACUAGGAGCUCAGGAAGUGCCAGUUCCCAUUCUCACUCUUCCCAACAGCAAAGGUUUCCCUAUAAACCAGACAUUGAAGUCA